ACUAUUAGAUCUCUGAUGAUGCUCACCUGUUUCCAAAAGGUGGAAAAAGUCACAAGAAAAUCAAAUCAGUGUGAGAAGUUCCUGCGUGAAGAGGCCAGACCUUCAAGGUUCAAGUCCAACCUCAUCUGUCCUAAGCUAAAAGGCAGGAGCUCGCUCAGGCUGUGGGGUUGGUUGAAGUUUGGGAAGCACAGAGUCGGUCUGAUCCACCAUGACUCUCAACGUACCGGGUCUGAUAAUGAUGGUCGCCUUCUACCUGCUGGUGUUUGGAAUCGGCAUCUGGGCGUCUGUGAAAUCUAAGAAGCUGGAGAGAAAUGUGCACAGCAGUCGCAUAGAAGCUUCUUUACUCGCCAACCGGGGCAUCAGCUUGGUACUGGGUGCGUUCACAAUGACAGCUACUUGGGUCGGCGGCACCUUUAUCAUCGGUGUUGCCGAGUCGGUGUACGAUCCCACCCAAGGUCUGGUCUGGGCUCUCGUUCCUCUGCAGGUCUCUAUUUCCUUUAUUAUCGGUGGGCUGUUCUUUGCAAAACCAAUGAGGGAGAACAAUUACAUCAGCAUGAUGGAUCCAUUUCAGAGAAAGUACGGGAAAAUGCUGACCGCGGCUCUGGCCGUUGUCCCAGUCAUGGCUGAAAUCAUCUGGAUUCCCGGAUUACUGAUUGCUUUGGGUACAAAUACACGAACACACCCAAAUGCACUUCUUCGCACUUCACUCGAUAAGUUCUCUCUUCAUUUUUUGUGCCAUGUGUUCGCGACAGGGGCGACCAUGCACGUCAUCUUGGAUCUGCCCUUCGGCGUCUGCAUCUGGAUCUCUGCAGCGGUGGCGAUCGCCUACACUGUCCUCGGAGGUCUGUACUCGGUCGCCUACACUGACGUCGUCCAGCUGUCACUGACCCUUCUCAGCCUGUGGCUGUGUGUGCCUUUUGUUCUGACGAGUGGCGUUUACACCGACAUCACCAAGACGGCCUUCAACCACACACAUCAGGCCUCCUGGCUCGGCACGCUGGAGUCUGAUGACAUCGGGAGGUGGAUCGAUAAUUUUCUAGUGAUGACCGUGGGCAAUAUGGCGGUUCAGGAUUUCCAUCAGAGGACUCUCUCCUCCAGCUCCACCUCCACCGCCAGAAUCAUCUGUUUCAUAGCAGCAGGUGGAGUCAUCGUCGCCGGACUCCCGUCGGUGUUGAUCGCAGCUGUCGCAGCUUCCACAGACUGGAACUCCACCUCGUAUGGUUCCCCCUCUCCAUACGAGCGAGGGGAGGCGGCAAUGGUGUUGCCCAUCAUCCUGCAGCAUUUUACCCCAACCUACAUCGCUGCUUUCGGCGUCGGAGCCGUCGCUGCCGCCGUGAUGUCCUCCGCUGACUCUUUCCUCUUGUCGGCCACCACCAUCUUCACCACCAACAUCUACCAGACCAUCAGGAGUCAGGCAUCAGAUAAGGAGCUGCAGUGGGUGAUUCGUCUCUCGAUAGUGGUCGCAGGAGUUGUGGGGACUUCUCUCACCUCCCUGGACAGCGGCAUCUUGGUGUUCUGGAUCCUGGGUUCAGAUCUGACCUACACCAUCAUAUUCCCACAACUGAUCUGCGUCCUCUUCGUCAAGAUUUCUAACGGUUACGGGGUGAUCGCGGGCUACCUUGUGGCGGUGGUGAUGAGACUGUUGUGCGGGGAGCCGCUGUUCGGCCUCCCCGUCCUCCUACAAUUCCCAGGAUGCACCUUGGAGGACGGCGUUUACGUCCAGCGCUCUCCUGUCAAAACCAUCUGCAUGCUGGCUGCUCUGGUCUCCAUUGUGGUGUUUUCAUGUGUGUCGUCAGUCCUGUUUAACAAGGGGAUCCUUCCUGAGAGGUGGGACGUGUUGAAGGUGAAAUCUCAGGGCAAACCCUCAGCAGGUCGCACCAGAGAGGACAGAUUUGUUUCUGCACCAAUGCUUGAUACAACAUGCUGAAUCCAUUUUUAAUUGUUUUUUAUAUGAUACUGGUUUGGCAUUCACUUUGAAGGGGCUCUGUGAACGUCAAACACAGAGACAGAAAAAAGUCUCUGAGUUCUUUUAUUCAUCAUUUUUGAGUUAAAUUUAUAUAGUUUGAGGGGAAAAAAGUCAAAGUUCAGUGUUAAAGUCAUAACUUCUGAUGUUUUGUCACGUGUCUCAGGUCAGUUUGGCUCUUUUGUUUCUUUUUGUUUAUUUCUGGUUUUUGCAAUAAAAACAGCGAAUUUUCUG